UGUCACUGUCAAAAACAUAACCUCAAUUUCCUCCACUAAAAUUCUGUGAAGCAAUCGUGAUUUGGAAAAACAGUAUUAUAAGAAUAAUAAAGAAAAUUUUGUCUAUUUACUGCGCACUAAAUUAAAAUUUCCAUCGCAAUGGCUGAAGAAAUCCAAAAAAAGAUGCAGAAAGAAUUGGAAGUUUUGGGUAGUAUACAGAAAGAGUUCCGUAAGGCGGUCGCCCAGAAGCAACAAUUAGAUAGCCAGUUAAAUGAAAACAAGGCUGUAAAAGAGGAAUUACUGCUGUUAAAGAAAGAUGCUGAGGUAUAUAAAUUGAUUGGACCCGUUUUAGUGAAGCAAGAUUUAGAAGAGGCUACUCAAAAUGUAACGAAACGAAUGGAGUACAUUAGUAAAGAGAUUAAAAGAGCAGACGACCAUAUAUCCGCUUUAGAAAACAAGCAAGAAGCCUUACAAGAAAACUUAACAAAACUUAAGACCAAUCUUAAUAAAAUAAAAGCUAAGGCUUGAGAAAAGUUCUUCUAACACCAGGAUAACGCUUCAGUUUGCAAUUAAUAUUUACUUUUGCAUUAUGUGUAUGUAAUUAAUUAUACUUUUAACAACAUA